AUGGAAGAAGACUUGAAUUUAACGUUAAGUUUGCCUGAAACAAUCCUACAACAUUCCUUCUUUUUCUAUCACGUCAUUCUAAUGUUCAUUUAUUUUUCAAGUGUUUUUAUAAUCUUUCCAAUAUUCAUUCAUUUCACAAGAAUCAAUCGAGAAAAAGAUCGAAAUGUAGGUUUUUUUGAAAAUUGUUUCAAGUACUUCAAGAUCUUCAGGCUUCAAUAUAUCCAAUCACUUAUCAUUUAUACCAAAUCACAAUUAUUUCACAAUUUAUGAUCAUUAUUCUAGCUUCCUCAAUAAUUAUCGUUAUUUUAGAAACGUAUUUUAAGCAUACCAAUAUAAUUUCAUUUAUUCUCUUAAAUUUGGCAAUCAUCUCAUCAAUUAUUGUCUAUAUUUUUAAUCUAAUCGUUGUUCCAGUUCAGAAUCUGUUAAUUUUUUUCCUGGCUUUUCAAAGAUUCCUAGUUUAUUUUUGUCCAAAAUCAGAAAAAUAUCUAGUUCCUGGUGAGAAACGAUUCAAAUGCAUUAUUAAAUGGCUAUAUUCUUUAUCGAUUUUUGGGAAUACUCUGUAUGGUAUCAAAUUUAUAUUACAAUUCAUCACUUCAAUGCACGAACAAAAACUGAUUUUUGGUACAUUUUGGUCAAUCAUAAAUUCUGUAGUUUAUAUAACCCUAGAUGCUUUUGUGAUGUUUUCCUCGAUUUUUUAUUUAUCGAUAUUUUUGCAUUAUCGGAAAAUUACAAAGAAUUCCACAAAUUAUACAAAAUCUCACCCGGAAAAAGCAAUCUUCUAUCAAACUUUGGUUUUAUUCUGUGUUAAAUUACUGGGUGUUCCUAUGAUGUAUUCUGCAAUUAAUAAUAUUUUUAUCUUUGAAGAUGUUCAAACAAGCACACUGUUGAAUGCGGUGAGAAUAAUUUUGCCACGUCAUAGCUCAACGUUUUUUACAGAUAUAUUACCCCCUGUUUAUCACUGAUAUUCUAACAACGCCCAUCGUUUUUCAAAUAACUUAUAUAUUUUGCAACAAAGCGAAUCUGGAGGUUUUGCUGAAAAUGAAUUUCAGAAACGCGAAAACUUGGAGAAUGAUUUUUUGCGGUGCGGAAUUGAGGAAAAGUCAAGUGGAAAAUGAGUAUAGUUUGAGAACGGUUUCUGAAGUUUUCGAGGAGGCUUGA